GAGUGUGAGAAAUGCAACCAAUUCAGUAGGAUCUUUCAUCAGAUCUUACCUUUAAAAAAAAUAAAAACAAAACAAAAAACAUUUCCUCUGCUGGUAAAUGAAGAUAAAUAAAUUCAAGUAUUUGUAAUUAUAUAACCACAUGAGGUGAUUUUUUUUUUUUCAUGUAACCAACCUUAAAUUUGUGGAGCUAAGUGUUUGUUAGUGUAGCAUUAGUUGUAGAUUUGAUAGAUUUUUUUUAUCUUAAUGAACAAUUAAAACUUUCGUGAUUAUAUAUCAAUGGAGCUUUUUCAAGAAUGAUACAAAGACAUUUAAAACAAUUAGUAAAAAAUAGAUGAUGUCAUCACUUUAGGAGUGUUUAAUUAUAUUGAAAAUUAGACAUGCAUGGUAACGAAGAUUGCAAGUGGUGAAUUUUGAUAGAUACACUCCAACACACUAAAUUUUAAAAAAUUUAGUCAACUUGAAAUCUAAUUGAAGUAAUUAACUUCUAAAUUUUGUUGCCAUUUUCACUUAUUUACAUGAAAUUUUCUUUUAACACAAACUUACGCAACGGUCGGAUUCUAAUUCAAAUUUCAAAAAAAAAAAAUAUUACGAAUAAAUACCUUUUAAUGAUAAACUAAAGCAAAUUCUUGAAUGAAUAAUAACGUCCAAAACUUUAUACUGUACUAGUAUUAACUCUCGUCUACAUUAAUGCCUUCCGUGGCUCCGCUCCGGUCACUCCCUUGGACCAAGAAUAUUAAUUAAAACCUUAUACAAUUUUCCUUAAAAAAAAAAAAAAAAAAAAAAAAAAAAAAAAAAAAAAAGUAGUAAUGGCAAAAAAUAAAUAAAAUUUGAAAGUGGGUUAUAUUAUUUUCAGGUACCCGCAAAUACCGCCAAAACAUUAAAGUACCUGAACAGCGUAACUAGCCGUUACAUUUUUCUUCCUCCUCAAUCUUCACUCCCUGAAAUUUUUUGUUUUUGUUUUCAUUUUACUAUUCAUCUCCUCUAAUACUCAACUUUCCAUAUUUCUUCGUAAUUUUGGUCCAUAUUUUUCAAUAAUUGAGGCAGGAGAUUCAAGAAUUUAGCAACGAAAUCUCUAUCAAAUUGGUGGAUUUUGAAAUUGGGUGUUGAAAAUGGGAGAACCCAAGACACCAUUGUCCAAGAUCCUAACAACCACAUCAUCAUGUACUCCCGGGGGAACGAAAGUUCGAGAGGAGAAGAUAAUGGUAAUGGUUCGAGUUAGGCCGCUGAGCUCGAGGGAACAAGCAAUGUAUGAUUUGAUUGCAUUGGAGUGCCCGGAUGAGGAGACAGUAGUGUUCAAGAAUCCCAAUGAUGAGAGGCCUUGUUCCUCCUUUACUUUUGAUAAAGUAUUCAGUUCAACUUGUGUUACCGCGAGGGUUUAUGAAGGAGGGGCAAAGGAUGUGGCCUUAUCAGCUCUUACUGGGAUUAAUGCAACAAUUUUCGCAUAUGGGCAGACUAGUAGUGGUAAAACAUUUACUAUGAGAGGAAUCACUGAAUAUGCAAUUGAGGACAUAUAUCAGUAUAUGCAAAAUCAUCCUGAAAGAAAUUUCUCUGUGAAAAUGUCUGCUUUGGAGAUCUACAAUGAGACUGUAGUUGAUCUUUUGAAUCGUAGUUCUGGUCCACUUAGACUUUUGGAUGAUCCCGAGAAAGGAACCAUUGUUGAAAAGCAAGUUGAAGAAGUUGUAAAGGAUAGUCAGCAUUUGAAGCAUUUAAUUGGCAUCUGUGAAGCUCAAAGGCAAGUAGGGGAGACAGCCUUGAAUGAUAAAAGUUCAAGAUCACAUCAGAUAGUGAGACUGACCAUUGAGAGCCGCCUCAAGGAAAAUGCAGGCCGUCUGAAGUCUUUCAUAGCAAGCCUGAAUCUUGUCGACCUCGCUGGUAGUGAACGUGCCUCUCAAACUAAAAGUGCUGGUUUAAGGUUGAGGGAAGGAAGUCAUAUAAACCGCAGCUUGUUGACACUCACCCAAGUUAUCCGAAAAUUGGGCAGUGGAAAAAGGACAGGUCAUAUACCAUACAGAGAAUCAAAGCUUACCCGAAUAUUGCAGUCUUCACUUGGAGGAAACGCACGAACUGCAAUAAUAUGUACCUUAAGUCCUGCAUUGAGUCAUGUAGAACAAUCACGCAAUACACUGUUAUUUGCAACAAGUGCAAAGGAGGUUACAAACACUACUAGGGUGAAUGUGGUUGUUACGGACCAGCAGUUGGUUAAGCAUUUACAACAGGAAGUUUCUAGAUUGGAAGCUGAGCUCAAAAGUCCAGAACCUUCAUCUUCAUCAGCAGCUUUAAAGGCACUUCUGAUUGAGAAAAACGUAAAAAUCCAGAAGUUGGAGAGGAAAAUGGGAGAGCUUAAGCGACAAAGAGAUCUUGCACAGUCUCAACUUGAACUGGAAAGAACACGCAAGGAAAAGAAGGAAUCAAGUAACUCCAGCCCAUCUAAUCAAGUGAGAAAGUGUCUCGCUUAUCCAUUAGACACGAUUGCGAGCAAAUUUGCAUCUGAAACCCAGGAAAGAUACCAGGCUGGAAGGCAGUCAAUGCUUAGGCAAUCAGUUACUUCUACUGAUCCUUCUCUCUUAGUGCAAGAAAUCCGGAAGCUUGAAGUUCUGCAAAGACGACUAGGUGAUGAAGCAAAUAAAGCUCUUGACAUACUUCAAAAAGAAGUUGCGUGUAACAGACUGGGGACACAAGAUGCUGCUGAAAAUGUUGCAAAGCUACUUUCUGAGAUCAAAAACAUGCAAAUUAUUAAUUCCAUAUCCGAAGACAUCAUGGUAAAGGACAAAGCUGACCUGAAAGAGGAAAUCAUCCGGUUGAACUCGCAGGGGCAGACAAUUGAAUCUUUAGAAAAGAAGCUUGAGAAUGUUCAGAACUCUGUGGACAGGUUGGUAUUUACUUUGGGAAAUAAUGAGGAUACCCCAGAUACAAAGACACAAUCUAAAAGGAAAAAGGGUAUCCCAUUUAACCUAACCAACAGUCCAAACAUGUCAAACUUUAUAAGGGCUCCAUGUUCUCCUCUUUCUUCUUCUCGGAGAGUAAUGGAUGAGAUAGGUAACACUAUGUCAGAUAGCCAAAGUGCUUUGCCAACUAAUGAUAGUCUGCCGAAUUCCUGCAAAAGCACCCCUCUUAAAGGUGACCAAGUUGGUUAUUCUCAUUCCUCUAGGGAGAAUACUCCUGCAAGGCAGAAAUCAAACUCAGUUAAUGUGAAGAAAAUGAAGAAAAUGUUCAAUAAUACACUUGAAGAGACUGCGCGUAACAUCAGGUCAUAUGUUACUGAGUUGAAGGAAAGAGUUGCUAAGCUUCAGUAUCAAAAACAGCUUCUGGUUUGUCAGGUGCUGGAUCUGGAGGCUGGUGAAGCAACAACCAGUUCACAUGGUGAACCUGACCAAUCUCCUUUUUCUUGGCUGUCAAUGUUUGAGGAACAAAGAAAGCAGAUAGUAAUGUUAUGGCAUCUGUGCCAUGUCUCGCUGGUGCACCGCACCCAGUUUUUCCUGUUAUUUAGAGGUGAUCCUGCUGAUCAGAUAUACAUGGAAGUUGAGCUGCGAAGAUUAACAUGGUUAGAACAGCAUUUGUCAGAUCUUGGAAAUGCUAGCCCUGCUCUCUUAAGUGAUGAACCAGCCUCCUAUGUUUCGUCCAGCAUUAAGGCCCUUAAACAAGAGAGGGAAAACCUGGCAAAGAGGGUUAGUUCUAGAUUAACACCAGAAGAAAGGGAAGCUCUCUACAGAAAGUGGGAUAUUCCACCAGAAGGGAAACAAAGACGGAGGCUGCAGUUAGUCAACAAAUUAUGGACCGACCCUCACAGCUUGCAGCACGUGCAAGAAAGUGCAGAUAUUGUAGCAAAGCUUGUUGGGUUUUGUGAAUCCGGUGAGCAACUUAAAAGGGAGAUGUUUGAACUUAAUUUCAAGUCACCUUGUGAUAAGAAAACAUGGAUGGGCUGGAACUUGAUAUCGAACCUGUUGCAUCUGUAAAUACUUUACCUGAAUCAAUCUUCUGUAAAUAUUUGUGUAAAGCUUGUGCUGUCUAACUAACCUUUACAUGUAAUAACAAGAUUUAUGCUGUCUACUAAUCUUAGAAAACAAUGGGUGCACCUUUUGGAACACCCUGCAGAGCUCGUGUAUUAAAGUACCUUCUGAAAAA